GCUAACUCAGCCGAAACAGCCCGGAGAGAAAACGAGUGUGACUUCGGUGAUUUUCGUGGUUGUUGGCUGUCAUCAUGGAGUCGCUGCAGAAAAGUGGUCGUCGUUCUCUGUCACAGACAUGCUGCUUGUUUGUGCUUCUCCUCCAACUCCAGGCUGCUUUAACGGGAGACUGCCCAGCAGAUGGACGCACCUGGGUGCCCUUCAAGGACAGAUGCUACCACUUUGUCCAUGGAGAAGAAGACAAACUCAAAGUGUAUACUUUUCAGAGGGCGAAAAGCCUCUGCCACAACCAUGAGCUGCUGACCCUCCAGACUGCUGAGGAGAAUGACUUUGUUGUCAAAUAUAGCCCAGAGGUGUGGAAAGGCCAAGUCAACGUGUGGCUGGGGAUGUAUUACGACACAAACAGUGAAAACAUGACGUGGUUCGGUGAGGAUCUGGUGAGAUUCACUAACUGGGAAAGCGGAUCGUCUCAAUCCGAUCUGGUGCCCAUGGAUACAUGUGUGGCGCUACACAGUGACACGGGAAAGUGGGAAACGGUCAGCUGCUCCGAUGACCUGGAGAAUGGAGUGAUCUGUGAGACGGCUCAGAAAGCAGUGGAAAUCAAGACGAAACCCAGCGCACUGCUGUCAGCACUGGUCAUUCUCAGCGUGAUUGCCAUUGUUGCCGUCUCCGCCGUCAUCUGGUUCCUGCACCAGAGGCACCACAGUCUGGGCUCCACUGUCGUCACGGCCUUCGAGUACCAUCCUCCGUUCAGAGUCCCGGACUCGGACCGGUCCUGCCUGGUGGAGGCUGAGGAGAUGGACAGCGGACCGUAGGAGAAGGUUUUCUUCCAUCCACAGAAAAUAUACAGUGCCAAAUGUUUGACUCAGAAUGUAAGAUAAGCCACAAUUUGGAACAUCCAAACUAAUAGUAUACACUUCUCUAGCGAGUGUUGCGUUGUGUGCAUUUAAUUUCCUUAGUCUAAUCUUGGUCUUGGUUACUAAUCUUGGCUGGAUCGCUAUUAUUGCUCAGUAUUUACAUUUGGUGAUAUGAUUUUCUGUAUGUACACAUUUCUGGACUGUAGAAAAAGAAGGGCUCGAAAGCAUUGGAUUUUUGAUUUGUUGCUUUUGUUACAAUAUCGUUAGCUUUCUGUUACUAAGAUGUGUUGUUUUCAAAAAACAAAUGACCCAUCGUCCAAGAAGACAUUGCUUUUUAUUAGUGAAAAAGGCGGAACUUUUGCUAAAUGCCUUUCGCUUUCGUAUUUUGCACAUCAAUCAAACUGUCUUCCAUUUACUGUUGUUGUGUUCUUUUUAAAUCAAAAACUGAAAAUUGUAUUUAGCAGAAAUAAAAAGAUUAUUAACUUUGUUACAUUUCUAUAUUAGAAUAAAAAAAUGUGUGUUCAUUACAGCAGAGACGUAAAAAGUGUUAUUGAUAAUCAGGAUGUUUUAGAAUAAUGCUGGCUGCACAUUUCUAGUACAAUCUGUGCCCUGCAUCUUCAUAAUAAAGGAACUCUAAGAUGGGCUUGUGUGCAUUUU